AUGGGCAAUACCACUGAACAAAAAAUUAUUACUACAACAAGAACAAGUACAACCGUUACAACAAGUACAAAUGCACAACAACAACAAAAACAACACUAUGGUGGAGGUGGUGUUGGUGGCAGGAAUGAAGGUGUUAUUGUUAGAGAUGGAGAAUCACCUGGAUGUACAGCACUUAUGUAUGCAUGUCAACAAGGUGAUGUUGUACAAGUAGAAAAAUUGUUGAAGAUUAAUCCAGCACUUGCCCGUGAUAAGGAUCGUACUUUAAAGACUGCGCUACAUUAUUGUACUGAAGCACGAACUGCUCAAUGUGCGGACUUAGUUUAUCGUGCUGCACCUGACCUAAUUAAUGCCGCCGAUGAAGAUGGCUUAACACCAUUACAUCUAGCAGUAAUUGCUGGAAAUAUUCCUUUAACGAAUUUUUUAUUAGCGAAUAAUGCAGAUGUUAAAGUUGUCGAUAAUGAAAAGCAUACAGUUGUACAUUGGGCGACAGUGUGCGGCGAAACUGCAGCAUUGCGAGCCGUACUCUUGGCUGGUGCACCGGUUUCAACCCCAGAUGUACAUGGCGGGUUUCCUGUGCAUUAUGCUGCACAAAUGUGUGGUGCCAAAGAUACACUUAGUAGUUCAAACUCGACACUAUCGAAAGACAACGCCACUUCUGAAAAACGAGUCCAAAAUACAAGUAAACUUGGUUUAGAAAUAUUGGACACCUUGUUAACUUUUCCUGGUAUUCGUGUGAAUGCAGAAGAUGUUGAUGGACGGCAACCGUUAUUAUGGGCAGCAAGUGCUGGUUCAGCUGCAGCUGUAUUAGCAUUAGUUGCAGCAGGAAGUGCAACGGAAGCUGCCGAUAAAGAUGGUUUGACAGCCUUACAUUGUGCAGCUUCACGAGGGCAUGCUGAUUGUUUGGAAGCGUUACUAACCAUGUGUGGUGUUUCGCCUGAUAUUAUUGAUACUAAUGGCUGCACUGCUUUACAUUAUGCAGUAACACUAGGUCAUGCAGAUUGUACAGCUCUUUUAUUAGCCCAUGGUGCAAAAGUGAAUCGGCAAGAUCGUAGAGGACGAACACCUGCACAUUGUGGUUGUGCAAAAGGACAAGUUGAAACUGUUCGAAUGUUAGGUGCCCAUAAUGCAGAUUUAUGGAUUCGAAGUGCACGUGGUGAUUUACCUUUACAUGAAGCAUCUAGUGCCGGUCGUAAACAACUAGUUCGAUGGUUGUUGACUCAAAGACCUUCGCAAGUGAAUGCAAAAAAUAAUGAUGGAAGAACUCCAUUACAUUUUGCUGCAUUGAAUGACAAUACAGAUGUUUGUAAAAUUUUACUAGAUCACGGGGCCAAUGUUAAUGCAGUGAUGCGAACAUCAAAAAAUAUUUUAAUGACGCCAUUAGAUUGUGCCUUAAAGAAUGGAUUCCGCUCGACAGCAAAAUAUUUACAAUUAAAUGGUGGCUUACCAUUUCAACGGUUACGAUUACCAACAUCAAGUGAAGGAGGAGGUGUAAAUGUACAAUUACAAAAUGAUAUUACUAUCCAAACGCGUAUGAAGCAAGUGGAGUUAAACUCAAACAGUGAAGAUGAUCUGUUUGAUGAAGCGCAUUUAUAUAGAAAAGCACAAAAACGCCGAGUUUAUAAACAUCGUAGAAAAAUACAAAUGUCUGAUGGAGGAGAUGAAUCGCGAUUCAAUCAGGAUCUGCCAAAAAGCCAAAAAAAGUCAAAUUUAUUAAAAAAUGACGUUGAUAUUUCAUCCUCGUCAAGCGGCAGUUUAUCUUCAACAACAAGUACAAAAAUUCAGCCCGUACGACGUGUAAAAACAAAAACGAAAGAAAUUCAAACAGAUGAACGAUUUUUAAUAAUUCCAAUUGAAAAUUCAAAAUCAUUUUUACAACAAGAACAACUUAAAAAUAGCCAAAAUAUAUCAGAUAUUAAAAAUCAAAAAUUAGGUACUCAAAAAAACGGUAAUAUUGAUAAUAAAUCCCCAUUAGAUAAUCUGCCUUCUUUAACUGAUUCAAAUGUAUCUGAUACAAAUUCUUUUGACCAUGUAAAAGUAGCCGAAGUACAAGUGCAUGCUAACCAAGAUGAUGGAGAGUUGAUUCAAACUGAAAUUAAUGUGAAUGAAAAAGUCGCAGACACUAUAAAAGAAGCGACUGAAGAAAAAGAAGAAUCGAAAGAAUUACUAGAACCCAAUGAAGCCUUAUUAGAAAGUGAAUCGAAAGGAAAUUUAGUGGAUACUGAGCUCGCAAUGGAAAAUGAAGAAAAGCUAAAUGAUUCUGAGCUAGAAAAUGCAGCGCUUGAAUUAGGUAAUGAUGCUGUAGAAAAAACAGAAGAGGGUACGGAAGACAAAUUGAAUUCUUUUGAGAAAGAUCUCGAGGGAGACAUUAAUGAAAAAAAUGAAAGCAAUGAAGUUCAAGAAAAAGAGAUUAUACCAGAAGAAACGAAAACGGAAGAAGUUGCAGAUUCAUCAAAUAAACUAGAUCAAUUCGAAGAUAAUUUCACUAGUGAAACUAUUAAAAAUAAUGAGGAAGAAAUUAAUGAAUCUGAAACUGCACCACCUAUUGCCACGGAACAGGCAGAAGAGUCAGAGAUGAAAGAAAGUCUUAUGAAAGAAGUAGAAGCAGAUGAAAGUGCACCGGUUGAAGAGGCCAAAGAAUCAUCGAAUGAUAGCCCACAAUUAGAGGGUACAGGAAUUGGAGAAAAUGAAGCUAGAGAGAAAAUUGAAAAUGGAGAAACUGUUCAGGAAAAUGAAAGUAAUGAGCAAAACUUAACUGAAAAUGAUGCAACUGAAAAUAAAGAGAUUCCCGCUGAAAUUGAAAAGGAAACAAUCUCUUCAAAUCUAGAUGUUGAAAAUUCUACACAUGAAGAUAAUCAGAAAAUGGAGGAAAGUCAAACAGAAAAUGCAAAGGAGGUAAUAGAUGACGGAUCAGUUUUAGAAGGAAUUAAAGAUGCAGAUAAAGAUGAAGUUGGAGCUACGCCAUUAGAAGAAGAAAAUGCAGAAAAUUUGAAAGAUGAAGUUAAAGAAGAAAAUGAAGUUUUGAAAAUCAUCGAUACUGAAGAAAAAACUACCACUGAAGAUAAAGAUAACGACAUAGACAAAAAUUUUAAAUCAUUCCAAGUACUUCCUGAUAGCACGCCAAAAAAACAUUCACUCCAUGAUAAAUCAAAAAUAGAUAGUAAUUUAAUAGCCAAUGGAACCGAAACAAUUUUGGAUCGAAAUAAUAAAAAAACAAAAUCCAAAUCCCAAAAAGAAUAUAACAAAUCUAAUAAAAGAAAAGAAUCUGAGAUAUCAUCAAAGCAAUCGAAACAAAAAGUGAAAAAGGAAUCGGCCGUAAUUGCAGAAAAAUUAGAAACAACCAAAUUAUCGCCUAAAAAUGAUGACGUUUCAAUAGAUGGCAAUGAAGAUUUUGAACAAUAUAGCUCAUUUGUCUCUGAUGAAAGUAUCAAAGACAAUGAUGCUGAAUCUCAGAAACAAAAAAAACUGCAUAUGAAACAUCAAAUUUUGGAAUCAACAUACAGUGAUGAGUCUGAUUUAGAUCAUGAAUCGUAUAAGAGAAAUGAAGCAAGGAAACGUCGAAGUAAAAUACGAAGCAAAAGUGCUGGCAAAGAAAGUUAUCAUAGUGAUGGACAAUUGCUGGAUAGUGGAUUUGAGCCAAGUCCUAGAAAUAGUCGUAUACCACGGAGAAAAUGCAGUUCAAAACCGGAAAUAAAUAUGACCACUGUUACUCAAACUGUCCAAGGAAAUAUUCGCAGGUACCAUUUAGAACGGAAAAUUUUUCAACAUUUAUUGGAAUUAAAACGUUUACAAAUACGAUCUGGACAAUCGAAUGAAGCAGUUUUAGUGAAACGUGCCAUUGAUGAAUAUCAUCGAUCGAUCUUAUCAACAGUUGGAGCGGGUCGAUAUAAACAAAAGGAUUAUACUUUUAAAAGUUUCGAAAAGUUUUUGUAUGAUAGUUUGCGUAAAUUACAAAAGGGGAAUUUUCCACCACAUCUUGCGAAAUUACCAGAAACUUCACCGCCCCCAUUAUUGUGUACUCAUAGUACUAUGAACUGUGAUCAUGCUACCCAUGCUUACACGGGGAUUCCAUGCGCUGCAUACAUUACCAAGUUAAACCAUCACACCAUACCAAAAGUUGGUUUUGGAGUCCGGCCCGGUGGCUUUUUACCAAAACUAAGCAGUCAUCAAGACCACGUACAUAGUGAUCGUCUUUUAUCACAAGGUUCAGUAACUUUGGAAUUAACACAUGGUGGUGAUAAACAAUUUGUAACACUUCCUGCCGAUCGUUUAGAUCAAAAUAAAAAAUAUUUUGUUACGUUUACUGUUAAAGGAUUAAAUACGAGUGAGAAUAACGAUGGAACAACGCCAUCUCAUAGGCAUGCAAAAAGUUGUUAA